AUGAUUGUACACGGAGAGGAGAGAGUGGUGGAGUCCGGGGAGGCUGAAGAGGCGGCUGGGGCUGCGGCGGCUAAGGCGGCGGCGGCGGCGGCCGGAGCAGCAGAGGCGGCUGGGACUGGGCCCCCUUGCGCGCGCGCUCAAUCCCACACGCGCGCACACACCCUCGCAAACACACUCACAUACACACACACAUACAGACACUUACACUCACGACCUUCUCCUAGCAAAGUUUCGCCUCUGAUCACUCCGGGAUCUUCCUGCAUUGCUCCGGACUAUAACCUUGAACUUUCUCAGCUUGGUGUUUUCUUAAACGCAGCUCACCACGAGCAACCAACAAACAGAAAUCAAACCAAUUUUGUCCCUCCCCGGUCCCCAACAACGACAUCAAAAACAAACAAAAAAGCAAAAAAAAAAAGAAAAAAAAAGCAAGCCCCCGAUCCCGGCCGAGACCCAGCUUGCAGCAGCAGUGGCGGCAGCGGCGGCGGCGGCGGCGGCGGCGGCGGCAGCGGCAGCAGCAGCAGCAACAGCAACCACCAGCACGGCUACUGCGCAGCGACAGCCAGAGGGUUAAAAGUGUAG